CACUCUUUCAGGCCUCCAACUAACAGCUUGCAUGAAAAUUUUACUAGAAGCAAAUGAAACUGUAUCCUGACAAUAAAUCAACUCAAUCAAAUCUGAUGGAAGAAGCCUCUGGUCACCAUCUCAACUGCAAGCAUACAAGAACCCAAAAUCUGAAACCAGCCUGUAGAGAAGUAUGGUUUGCAUGUGCCACCCUGGAGCCUAAUGAUACCAUCAGAAGUGGUAGCUUUCUAUUCACAGAGAAGUUGGAGGACAACCAUCUCUUACCACCUGCUGUGCAAGAGUCCAGAAGUAGGAGCCUGAUGCCACCAUCUAAACUCCUGAGACAUCUUUGCUUCAUAACCCAGCUGAUCCUCCAGUGAGCCACUAAGACUUCUCAUCGUAUCCAGAUCUGCAGGGCAAGAUGGGCUGCAAAGUCCUGCUCAACAUCGGCCAGCAGAUGCUGCGGCGGAAGGUGGUGGACUGUAGCCGGGAGGAGAGCCGGCUGUCACGUUGCCUGAACACUUUCGACCUGGUGGCGCUGGGCGUGGGCAGCACGCUGGGUGCUGGUGUCUAUGUCCUGGCUGGCGCCGUGGCUCGUGAGGAUGCAGGCCCCGCCAUCAUCAUCUCCUUUUUGAUUGCUGCUCUGGCCUCGGUGCUGGCAGGCCUCUGCUAUGGCGAGUUUGGUGCUCGGGUCCCCAAGACAGGCUCGGCCUACCUGUACAGCUACGUCACUGUCGGGGAGCUCUGGGCCUUCAUUACAGGCUGGAACCUGAUCCUCUCCUACAUCAUUGGUACAUCAAGUGUAGCAAGAGCCUGGAGUGCCACGUUUGAUGAGCUGAUAGGCAAGCACAUUGGGGAGUUCUCCCGGAAACACAUGGCGCUGAACGCCCCUGGAGUGCUGGCAGAAAAUCCCGACAUCUUUGCUGUGAUUAUAAUUCUUAUCUUGACAGGACUCUUAACUGUGGGUGUGAAAGAAUCGGCCAUGGUCAACAAAGUCUUCACUUGUGUAAAUGUUCUGGUCCUGGGCUUCAUAAUGGUGUCAGGAUUUGUGAAAGGAUCUAUUGCAAAAUGGCGGUUCACAGAGGAGGAUUUCAAGGAUGGCUGUAGUCAUCUCUGCUUUAAAAAUGAGACUACAGAAGGGAAAUGCGGUGUUGGAGGGUUCAUGCCCUUUGGGUUCUCGGGCGUCCUAUCGGGGGCAGCAACCUGCUUCUAUGCCUUCGUGGGCUUCGACUGCAUCGCAACCACAGGGGAGGAAGUCAAGAACCCUCAGAAGGCUAUCCCUGUGGGGAUCGUGGCAUCCCUCCUCAUCUGCUUCAUCGCUUACUUCGGAGUGUCAGCUGCCCUCACCCUCAUGAUGCCCUAUUUCUGCCUGGAUAAGGACAGUCCCCUACCGGAUGCCUUUAAACAUGUGGGCUGGGAAGGUGCUAAGUAUGCAGUGGCCGUUGGCUCCCUCUGUGCUCUCUCUACUAGUCUUCUAGGUUCCAUGUUCCCUAUGCCUCGAGUCAUCUAUGCCAUGGCUGAAGAUGGCUUGCUGUUUAAAUUUUUGGCCAAAAUCAAUGAUAGGACCAAAACACCAAUAAUCGCUACAAUAACCUCUGGUGCCAUUGCAGCUGUGAUGGCAUUCCUCUUUGACCUGAAGGACCUGGUGGACCUCAUGUCCAUUGGCACUCUCCUGGCAUAUUCUUUGGUGGCUGCCUGUGUCUUGGUCUUACGGUAUCAGCCAGAGCAGCCUAACCUGGUAUACCAGAUGGCCAGAACCACCGAUGAGCUAGAUCAAGUAGACCACAAUGAGCUGGUGAGCACCAGUGAUUCCCAGACAGGCUUUUUACCAGAAACAGGGAGGUUUUCUGUGAAAACCAUCUUCUCACCACAAAACAUGGAGCCUUCCAAAUUCUCUGGACUACUUGUGAACAUUUCAACCAGUCUCAUAGCGAUUCUCAUCAUCACCUUUUGCAUCGUGGCCGUGCUAGGCAAAGAGGCUCUGAUCAGAAAGGAGUUGUGGGCCAUCCUUAUGCUUUCCGGAUCGGUUCUCCUCUGCUCAGUGGUCAUAAUCAUCAUCUGGAGGCAGCCUGAGAGCAAAACCAAGCUCUCAUUUAAGGUGCCCUUCCUGCCAAUACUUCCUGUCCUGAGCAUCUUUGUGAAUGUCUAUCUCAUGAUGCAGCUGGACCAAGGCACAUGGGUCCGCUUCGCAGUGUGGAUGCUCAUAGGCUUCUCCAUCUACUUUGGCUACGGCCUGUGGCACAGUGUGGAGGCGUCCCUGGCUGCCGACCAAGCAAGGACUCCUGAUGUCAAUUUGGACCAGUGCAAGUGACACACAGCCCCGCCUCCCAGGUGGUGGCAGCAGCCCUGAGUGCUGCCCGAGGGUCCAGGAGCGCCUGGCUCUCCACCAGGGCAGCUGGAGCCUACGUCCAUACAGCCCUGUCGUGGCAGCCGGUGCAGCCGCUUGGACUGCAGCUCAGGCCCUGCCCACACUUAUUCUGCGGGGGGGUGUUCCCAGGCCUGGCACACCUCAGACAGCUCCCCAGCUUCCACUGCCUGGCUUGGUGGCUGGCCACUGUGUCACUAAACUUCCCUUAAACCAAGAAAGCAGUUCCUCCCCUGUCCUCGACAGCUCACUGCCCAAGCAGAGGCCACGGGUAGAACAAAGAUCACUCCUAUCCCUCACUCUGAGCGUCCAGGCCUCCUCCCCCUCCUGGGACUGUCUGGGUACUGAAAGACUCUAGACUCUUAGUAGCCAUCUCCUCCCAGCCCCUAGCAGCCUGCAGGAUGAGUGCCACAAAGCAGUGUCCCAGGCUGCCCUGCUUCCCAGAGCCAAAGCCGCUGCUCCCUCACAGAGGCAGAGUGGGCCGGGCCCGAGUCUCCUUGCCCUCGACAUUGAAUCCUGUCCACAUUUCUUUUCCAGACUGGGCCUUGGCUCUGUGGCUGUGACAGGCCGUGGCCCAGGGGGCAACUAGACUGAGGGCAGGCCAUCCCCUGGAGCUCGAGACAGUGGGUUUGAAAGCUUUGGGCUGGUUGAGCCAGCUAUGCUCCUAGGUGGUCACAGAGGAGACCUGCUGCUGCCGCUUGCCCUGCAGAUCUCCGUCAGUUCUCACUCCUUCUGACAUCUCAGUGCUGGCUGUGCCACUGGAGUCUCACACUGUGUGCGCCAGUGUCAGGCUAGCGGAGCUUAGUACCUGUUCUCUCUGGGGCUCUGCCAUUCACCCAACCGUGUCCUCUGAUUCCUGUGGGUCCGUACACCUGGGCAGGUGUCCCUUUGUGCUGCAGAAAAACAAAUGGUCCUCCUGGCUGCCCCUGGACCCUAACAACAAUCAAAUUGAGUUCUGUGCGUCAUUAUUAUACUUCACACCAAAUUCAGUUGGCAUGUAAGCUUCAUCUGGAAAAUGACCAAAUACCCCACCUUGUAGGCAUACUGUGCUGGGUCAGUCUGCUGCCUCUCAGCACCUGUUGUCCAAAUACUGUGGAUCUGUAGGUGCGAGGUUCCGGUCCUGUCCACCCCCAAGAAACCUGGGCACUCCGGCACUCGGCACAUCCCUCUCCAUUGUGCCAGAGCUGCAGAACGUGUGCAUGCCCCAUGUGACGGGGAGAUGGAGCAGUGCUCCAGUGUCCCCUGCAGUUCUGGGGUCAGGAGACAGAAACUGUUGCCCAGUGUUGGCGGGAAGGGACACAGACAGGCAUUUAGAUGACACAGAAAAUGUCAACACUGCUUUCGAAGUUCAGAAGCUGUUCCCCAUUUCUUUUCCUCGUGGCCUUUGGCACACAUCUGAUGGAAGGAAAUGUGAUCAGUGUGGCCAGCACCUGCCUCCCUCUAACCCAGAAUCUUGAUAGAAACAGCCCACAGCUGGGGCGCCCGUGGACCAACACUGUCCACCAUCCUGGGAACCUUCCCCUAAAUACUCUUGUGAAUGUUCCCAUGAGAAAAUCAUCAGAGCCCAAAGCCUGGAUUUCCAAAGAAAGGAAUUUAAACUUGUGUAGAUUGGUGCUGUAAAAUAUUUUGAUAAAUACUAACUUAUUUUGUUGGGGUUGUGGUUUGUCUGCUCUCUUAGGGGGGCAUCAACUGUUUGUUUCCUUGAUGUUUCUGUGAUUUUUCUAUGUGGGGAAAGAGAAUGUGAGGGGAAAAAUGUGUCUAAGGAGGGUUGAUGGAUGAGAGAGAGUGUUAGGUUUUUUGUUGUUUUGUUUUCUCAUUCUGGCUAAGAUUUCCGCUUAAGACAAUACCCAACAGAUUGUUUAUAGUUGAUAUUUCAGCAACAGCUACCACUCUGCAAACUGGAAAGAUGUCUCCCCACGGGGGGGGGGGGGAGACUCAAAUGAGGACAUCGCAGCAGACAUUAUUCCAUCCUUGCCAGAAAUCUGGCCAAGAGACCACAGGGACACAGCACCAACUCAUCAACACCCUGCUGCCCCACCAGGAAAGGACAGUGGGGGUGGCGGGCGCCCAUGAACGCUUGGCUUUAGUGGAGAGCAAUCUGUGUGUGGGUUCCAGGGAUUUUCUUUUCUAUGUACUGGGCCAGUGACAGAAUGGUGUUGGGGUAAGCCCCAGUAUUAAUGGAAAGGGCUUUUCUAUUUUUUUUUAAUUACACCAGUCAUUCCUGUUCCUGAAAUAACACACACAGAGCCAAGAAAAACCCCAAAGUGCCCACAUGUUCCUUCCACCCUGACACCCCUCCCCAAACACUGGCAGCAGAAGGAUUUGCUGAUGCCAAGCAGAUACCCCUUUCUGUCUGCCACCCCACCUCCAUCUAGUGUGCUUUCACGACCCCGUGAGAACUCUGCGAGCAAAUGUUGGAAGCCCCAUCAUCUCCACCCACUGUGAAGGGUCUCCAUGUGGUGGGGUGAAACAGAGUCCCCCUUUUCUGAGCCAGCUUUGUUGACUAACUUCCAGGUCGCCAGAAAGAAGGAACAGCAUCUUCCACAGGCCACUUUGGGGGUGGCUGCUAAACUUAGCCCAGUGUCAUGGUUCCACCGAGUCUCUGCUCAGUGACUAGGCACCUGAGUCGGACCUCACAGGCUUCCUGUCUGCUGUGGGUCCUGGAUCGCUGCUUCCCGUUCACCCUCCCUGAGCUCCCGAGAGCUGCUAUACUCCUUUUGCUCCUCUGACAGAACCAGUGCUUACACGUGGGUGAGGUGCUCAGCCCUGCAGAUACCCAACUGGGCUUCAGGGUGAGGGCGCAAGGUGGGCAGGAGAGUUCUAGCAGGUCUCUGCCCACGCCCUCUCUCCCCGGACGUAUUCAGAAGUGGCUCCUUUGUUUUUCCUGUGUGGGGCGGCCUACAGAGGUGCUGGGCACAGAUGAGAGGUGGUUCCUUGAGUGACUAAUGGACACAGGAAGUUCCUCAGCAGAGGCUGCAGCUGACCUCCCAGGUAUUUGGGGCUUCCUUGCCGGAGCAAGCCUAUUUGACUGCACACCAGGAUGUGUCUCCUACUUUGCCUGGCCAGAGCUGAGGAUUCUGUGAGCACCAAAGACGGAAGCAAGCCAUCUCCCUGCACAUCUUUGUGUUGCCUUCACUGCAUCUGUGAUGCUGCCACAUGGAGCCCUUAGCAUUAAGAAGAAGCUAAAUGUGGGGUCUAAUUGUGGGGUCUAAUUGUAUAUAUAGUACAUCUAUUUGCAUCAGACUCUUGGAAGGAGACACAUGUACAUUCUGUUAGACUUAUGUGGACUUUUCUGGGAUAACAAAAUGCUUUUUUGAGAAGCAACACUCCAUGGUUGACCCUUGCAGUUACGAUGCUGAGUGGAUUUUAAGGCAAAGAGAAUACAUCAACUGAUCUUCCUUUUUACCAUAACCCAGAGUCUGUUUUGUGCCUGUUGCUUCACUGAGAAGUAGUGUUCUUUUUCACAGAGGACUCAGACCCACCCUUGAUCACCCAGUUCUCAGCAGCCCUCCUGGGACACCCCCCCCCCCCCCUUAAAUUGAACUGCCAACAACCCACAUGGGAGGACAGCGUGGAGUCCAAACUUGUUUUCUCAGGGCAGGAAUGGGUCGAGGGCUCAGGAAAUUCAUCAUUCAGACUUUGUUAAUUUAUUAACAGGGUAUCCAGUUUUGUGUUUCUUGAUGACAAACCUUUUUAUUUUUCCAUUUGAGAAGUUAUAAUAUAUACAUAUAUAUAUAUAUAUAUAUAUAUAUUUAAGAUGAGUUUCCUGCUUAAGUUGUGCCUUUCAGCGUGGCUGGGCUUGGGGAGCAUAGAGACUGAUGAGGAUGGGUUAUUAACCCGAAGAGCUCUGGUUUCUGGUGAAACUUGGUCUUCUACUGAACUUGGAGCUGCUCUCUAAAGACUUGUGUUUUUUAUUAUGUAAAUUGUAUAUUUUGCUUGUUUGCUGUUCUAUUUUUCUAAUCAUUUUCUUAAGUUUCUUAUAAUUGUGAUACUAGAUGUAGAUUCAGAUACUAACUUAACUGCAAACCAGAUUGGUCUCUGCUGCCCCCUCUUGUUUUUAAGGACAAAUAUAGAUGGUAUCCAUUGCCUUUACUUUUAAAAAAAAAUGUGAAACUGCUCUGCCCUGUUUGCAGACAGCACUGUGCAUUGGCAACUUACUCCAUACUCCACGUUGUAAAAUCAAACUUUUGUGGUGCAUUAUCUCAUGCUUCUGCAAAGUCUAAUAAAUUCUGCCUUUGGCUUCAU